AUGCAUUCCUCUUCGCCGUACGCGAUGUGCGGCGAGGAGUGGCAACCAUGCGCUGUGACAGAUACAUCGAUGAGGAAACACAAAGAUAGUGUUCCGGCGAGGCUCUGGCGGCAUCUUUGCGAUUACCUUCAUGGCAACACUGUGAAAUAUAAGCGAUUGGGACCGGGACGCACGUCAAAUAUACAAUCAUUUCCAACACCAAGUGGCACAAAGACACGAACCGAUUCGAAAACGGCCGCGUACGAUGGACUGCGAGGCCUCGCGUGUCUAGUUGUCUUCAACUUCCACUUCCUCUAUCCGUACACAAAGACGAUCACCCACGGGUACGCUGUCGACACAGAAGACGUCAAUUGGCGAUAUCCUCACCAACUACCUUUCCUAUGUCUUCUGGUCCGCGGUCGAGCAAUGGUCACGCUCUUUUUCGCCAUCUCAGGCUACGUUCUAAGCUACAACUUCCUCGCCUCAGCACGAGGUGAUCUAUCUCUGCAUGGCAUCACACGUUUGGCCUCGCUGACACUUCGUCGCUGGAUGCGAUUAUUCAUUCCAGCUUCCUUCAGCAUGUUGCUUGUCUGUUUCGCAACGUACCUCGGAGCUUUCGAUAAAGGUCGUCAGCUUGCAGGUACUGGAUUGGUCACUGGUGCCUGGGAAGAACACCCACCACGCUUCGACACUUUCGCGGAGCAAUGGGAAGACUUCCGGAAAAUGUGGUGGUCUUGGUCAAAUCUUUGGGAGUGGAGAUUCUACUAUGGAAACUACGACCCGCACACCUGGACGAUCCCGGUGGAACUUCGUGGUUCUAUGGUACUGUUUAUGAUUCUGCUCGCGUCGCUUGGCUUGAAGCAACGGUGGCGCUUUGGCCUGAUUGCACUCGUUAUGUCGUAUUGCUUCUGCACCGGCAAAUGGCAUCUUGCCACGUUCAUUGCUGGAGCUCUGAUUGCCGAUUUUCAUCUCACGUGGCCAAGGAGCGAUCGGACACCCUCAGCUGAUCCGGUCGACGAUGAGAAAGAUUUCGAUCAUCCUUCUAAAUUUCCUACUUUCGAAGUCGCCCAGCGGAGACAGCGAUAUCUGGUCACACGACGAUACUCUGCUAUUCUCUCGAAAUGGUUCGUCUUCCUUCUCGGCCUAUAUAUCCUCUCUUUCCCGGACGACAAAGCAGAAGUGACUCCCGGGUUUGUCGUCCUCCGCCGCUGGACGCCACCAAUGUACAACUACCCCCACCACUUCUGGCAUUCGUUCGCCUCGAUCUUCAUCAUCUGGUCUGUCACAACGAUCCCAACGGUCCGAGAGAUCUUGAACUGGCCGUUCCCGCAGUAUCUCGGCAAGACGAGCUAUGGCUUCUAUCUGGUGCAUGGACCACUGUUGCACUCGCUGGGCUUCGCCCUACAGCCGAAGAUCUUCGCGGCUUUGGGCCAUGAGACGGUUACGAGGUGGUGUUUUGGUCUGCUCGUUGGAUGGGUCAUCAUGUUGGGAGUGAGCAUAGGGGUGGCGCAUUUGUUUUGGAAGUUCGUGGAUGUGCCGUUGGUGAAGUUGACGAAGAGGAUCGAGAAGGUUGCGAGUAGGGAGAGGGGGGAUAGAGGGGGUGUCGCUCUUGCCGGCCGGAACAACACAAAUAUGGCUUCUCGAAAUAACAAGAAAGACAUGCUGACGUACGGUGCUACUGUCGAGACUGUGGUCAGUCUACAGCGAGACCUUGCCCGCAAAUAUCGCAAUGUUGGUCCACAGGUCAACGACAUUUGGCGCGGAUUCACCCCAAAGCAGCGCGAAACGGCAAUGAAGGAAGCUACUGGCGAUGGAAUGGUGUUGAAACACUCUCGUGACCCUUCGAUGGGCGAUUUGUUCCAUUUCAUCUCCGAGUACAAUCUGCGAGACAUGACGGCUGACCCAGAGCACUUCCUAGACAUGCUCAGAUUCUGCGCAGAGACGGAUUUGACUGAUCAGGUCGGCAUGCGUGACGGCCCUUACAUCAUGUGGUCAAUGGAAACACAUCGCUUCCGCGGCCGUCCUGGGGACGAUGGCAGAGACGAUUUCAUGAUUUUCUUGAGUGGCGAGAACUAUGGAAAGCCGAUGAGGUCCACCGAUCCCAACGCGAACUUUCUGCAAGAAAAUCCAGUGCUGGCCAACUCUGGAAUCUGUUUCCCUGCCGCCACUGGUCAACUCAUCUUAUUGCGACAGAACCUGUUCUUCCAAUACUUCAAUCACCUUAUCGAGGAGGUGCUCGAGCUCGGAUCAAGCACUAGGAUCAGGGAACCACCCUCCAAAACACGAUCGACCACGUCUACGCUGACGAACGCCAUGUCUGUAAUGCGGCUUCAGCCACCUCCUCUGAAGUUGACCCUCUCAGAUGUGCUUGUGCAGGCACUGGAACAGAAGCUGUCUCUCGAAGAGUAUCUCGACGUGCUCCGGACCGAGCCUCAAGUGCUCAAUUCUGCUGUUCAGAGCAUGUACUACAGUCGACCCGAACUAGUACCUGAUGAGAAAGGCCGCAUCCUUCCGGCACUGACCGACGAGUACAUCAGUAUGGCAUUGUUCGAUACCGUGACUGGUGCGGUGCAAGCGAUCGCCUACUGGCAGUAUAUCUUCCGCUUGUUACAGAAGCUCGACGACUUGGAUGAUAAAUUCAAGCGUCCUUUUAUUUUAGACGAGUUGGCAAAUGCCUGUCAUCUAGAGUACCGGCGAGCACAGAAGGCCUUCAGGCGUCAGAUGUCGUCCCCUUCUGCCUUCACCGUGAAGCGAUUCAGACAUAUCAGCACGACGCAAGACCUUGGUGUGCCAAAGAUCGCCAUCAAGGGCCGGCCAUCUGACUACACCGUCUCCGAUCCGCAAGUCCACUACAUCCUACAGCUGUGCCAUCCAGACACCACUCCUAAGCAAGCAGUAGAGUGGAUUCAGAAGCUCGAUGCCCACAACGCGAAGUUCGCGGGAGAUCACGCACGACUCCUGGAGGAUGAGAUGACAGCUCUCGGCGGCCUUGCCGUCAUUGUUAGCUUCAUACAAGCUAUGUCGACGACGAUCUCUCUCAAUCCAUCCGGCAAGCAGGCCCAGCGAUUCGUUUCCCGAUCAGCCAAGCUCGUUGAAGAGCUGAACCGGCUGAAGUCACAGGCAGACUUUGGUGAUCAUGUUAUACCAAUGUACAACAUCCUUGAGCCGGGUGUCGCCACGGCCGCGCUUCAAGCUCUCAAUGACUUCGUCGUUCAUACCACUGGAGAGAAGCUGGGCCUAUUGUACCAUGAUUUGUCCGAAGAUUCGCUUGCCGAUCUGGAAGAGUCAUAUCUUCAAGCGAAGGCCAAGGCUGUAGCCGCUGAGCAGGCAACAACAUAUGUCCCUUUCCCGACUUUGUCACAGUCGACAGGAGCUGGUAUAAUUCAUCCGACGACAAACAUAAAGGCAAAGACUCGGGGCACACCUCGUGAGCUUGAUAUCACGGCGCCCCCUAAGGAGCCGCCCACUCCGGCGACACCGCCGCCGAAGCUGAGAGUCAAGGCCUCCACUGCUGCCGUCUUCAAUACGAUCUUCUCCACAUCCGAGGCGAAAGGCUUCGUGGCGUGGUCGGACUUUGAAGCAGCACUCGCAGAUCUAGCCUUUUCCGUCACACCAAGAGCCGGCUCGAUCUUUACGUUCAUUCCUCCAGGGGCAAUCGGUUCCGGGCGACCGAUCAAUUUCCAUCGUCCGCACAAAUCUGGAAGGGCUGUCAUUGAAGGUCAUAUAUUGCCGAUUUUUAAGCAUCGACUGAACAGCCGAUAUGGCUGGACCUCAGACACAUUUGAGAUUGUAUAG